AAUGGUACUAGAAAUAUGUUGAUUAUUGUAGAUUAUGAUAGUUCUGAAAGAAUUCAAAGAGAAAUAGUUAAUUUAUUAUCUCUAUACGAACAGCAAUUAGAACUUAAAAUGCCCGAUUUAAAUGAAUGGACUUUAGAAAAUUCUUUAACUUAUUGUUGGGGAUUAAUUACAACAAUAGGGCAUGGACACCGUUCGCCUAAAACUGGGGGUGGACAGGUUUUUGCAUUGCUUUAUUGUGUUUUGGGUGUUCCAUUUUUUGUAUUUACUUUAAUUGUUAUCUCAUAUCGUUUACUGAAUCUUUGCCGCAUUCUAUCUCAACUUGUAACAAAAAAUAGUGCAGACUACAAUUUAUUAAACGAAAAACAAAAACUAAUAACUUUAAGUGGUUCAAGUAUUUCUUUAUUAUUUUCUUGUAUUUGUAUAAUAACAAUAACUGGGGUUUGGCAAGAUUCUAGUUCUGAAAGAAGAAAAAAUAAAAAAAUAAAAGUAGAAACAAAUAAAUCAGAAGCAGAAGAGGAAGGAAUUGGAAAUGAAAAUGGAAAGAAAAUUACAAAAUAUAAUAUAAUAAUUGAUGAAACAGGCAAUGCUAAAUUAAAUAAUAAUCCAUCAUUUGAAUAUUCUCUGACAGAAAACAAUUUUGAAUAA